AUGGACUUUCAAAUGAAUAACGAAGAUCCAAGCAAAUGGUCAGUUGGUGAGGUGUGCGAAUGGAUUCAAACGUUGGGAGUUCGACCUUACGUCGUGAGUCGAUUUCGGGAGGCUGAAAUAGACGGCCAAAAAUUGAUGAAUAACUACAUUAACUAUAAUUUUCUGAAGGAUCAUAUGAAUAUCGAGAACUAUUAUGACCAAUUCAACAUAGUGAUGUCGAUAGCUUUACUCCAUAGAAAUGAUGAACAAACCAUUGUUCCUCUAAUCUUUCCUCCAAUGGAACUUCCAUCGAUACGAGAACAUAGUGAAUGGCCUUAUACUACAAAAACCACAGAGGUUAGCGGAGAAGAAUUGACAGUAGACGAAGAAGAUCUUGAGGAGGAAGACUUGGAUGAAGAAGAUU